AUGUCGCCCCUGCCCCACGAUUCCAUCUACGACAGCAUUCACCUCUACACCGUCCGAUCUCAGCGCGGUGGCCUGCGCGAGAGGUCACGGUUGAACAAGACGAUCAGCAAGCUCGCCAGGAAUGAGCUGACCAGGCACGCCGCCAUCCGGCCCAACCGCGAGGGUCACAUAUUCGACUAUUUUUGCGUGGUGGGCUACCCGCCCGCCGCCAAGGUGGAGAUCAAGGCCUCGGCCCAGGCGCGCCGGCAGGAGCCGGUGAUCCUCUACCAGUACCCCGAGGACAACCAGCUCAACGAGCAGGUCGUUCACUUCUGCUUCCCCAAUGGCGUGACGCCUACGGUCUCGCUUCGCAAGAAGACGGCCGACCAGAAGACUGCCACCCUCGAGCUCGCCAACUGCACGAUGAAGGAGCUCAAGGACUCCGAGCGUUCGUUCCUCUUCUUGAUGACCGGCAACGGUGCGCUUCUCUAUGGCAUCUGCGUGUCUCAGAACGAGCUUCUUUCCUGUCUGGAGAAGCCCUCGUUUUUCAAGCAGCCGGCCUACAAUCCGCCGUCGCCCCUCUCCCCGACGGAGCUGCGAUACGAGGUGUCGGCCCCGCGGGUCUACUGCCUCCUCUCCCGCUUCCCCUUCUUCAAGCUCCACUUCAACGUCCUCUACACCCUUCUCGAAACCGAGCGAACAAUGCAGAGGGAGGCGCGUGAGCGGGCGCGCAUGCAGUCGGGCAUGGCGAGCAAGACCGAACAGGCCUCGACCACCACCACGCGCGCCAAUUCGAUCUCGUCGGAGGUCGAGGCGACCAAGGAUCACGAUAAAGAAAAGGACAAGGACAAGGAGGACGAGCGGGAGAAGAAGGGCGGCGCCUGGAACUGGCGAUGGCGCUGGGGCAAGGACAAGGACAAGAAGGACAGCAAAGACGGCAGCAACAAGGACGCAUCCAAGGACCCCGCGCCCAAGAUGGCGCGAACGUCGAGUGCUCAUAGUCUGAGCAAUUGGACGGUCAAGAAGACGAUCAAGGACGACAUCAUCGCCACCAAGGCCGAAAGCAGUACUUCGAUCACGACGGCCCUCGUCUCGCCGCGUCGCGGUCGGGCCAUCAGCCGCGGCGCUCCCGAGAAGCCGGACACGACGCUGAGCAGCACAAAGGACGAAGGCGAGACCACCCCGCGCGGCCGGUCGGCGACGACGACAAAGAACGAAAGCGACGCCGCCGGCGACAACGCUGCCCCCUCCGCACGCAAGCGAUCCAACUCGCGCGUGCGCAGCCUGUUCGCGCUGGGCGCCAACAAGAUCGAGCGGGGCGAGAUCGUAUCGACAAUCGGCGACGAGAGCGGCAAUGCGCAGCCGCAAGCGGCCGAGGCCGAGGAGGCCUCGCCCUUCCCGGGCAUUCGGCUGCACCAAAAUCACGAGGCCGAAGAGACCACAGGGCCGUUCCCCGGCAUCCGACUCCGUACGUGCAAGGAGGCCGCCUCGGAGGACCAGGCCACCCACAGCAACGCGGUGGCGGGCGCAGCCGACGCAGAGCUGGGCGACGACGUGACGACGCCGGCCGCGGGCGCUCGACGGAGGGCCGAUACCGACGACCAGUCGGACAGCAGCAAGGAGAAGAACAAGGUGGUGGCUCUGCUGGAGGCGUACUACAACACCAACAUUCGAUCGACCCUCGGCUCCUUCACGGUGAAGCUCCCGUCGGCCAAGCGACACGGCAAAUUCGUCUGCCCCGAGGGCGACGAGGAAAAGCUGAUUAUGGAGUGGUGUGCGCCGACGAUGCUGCGCCUCGUUCCGCUGCCCAACAUCAUCAUGCUCAUGCGAGCGCUCCUCCAGGAGUACAAGAUCGUGCUCCUGUGCAAGAACCUCGGCGUCCUCUCCUUCAUCGCUAUGGCGCUGCUGCCGCUUCUGCGGCCGUUCGAGUGGCAGGGACCCUUCAUCCCGCUCGUUCCCAAGAAUUUGGAGGAAUGUGUCGAGUCUCCCGUGCCGUGCGUGCUUGGGAUGCCGACGACGUGCGAGGAGGACCUCAUCCCGGUGGUGAUGGACGACUGUCUCAUCGUCAACAUCGAGACCGAGCAGGUCGUCCUGCCCGAGCGGCCUCUCGCCCCGCUGCCUAAUGAAGAAGAUUUUUACGCGCAGCUGGGGGUCUACCACUCGAAGAUCUAUCGGCCGGUGAACAGCCCGGACCGGGACACGGCCUUCCACCGCCCGGCCAAGUCCACCGACGAGGAGCAGGCCGUCGCCGCCGGCUUCCUCAGCCUCGUGCGCUCCUACCAGGAGCGGCUCGUGCAGGAGAUCGUCAACUACGCCCACAUCCACUGCAUCUCGGAGUCGUCGCCCGCGCCGUCACUCCCCUCGCUCCCGCUCUCGGCCUCGCCCUCGCUCUCGGCCCCGUGCCUGCCGUCGGUCACCUCGCCGUCGGUCACGUCGGCCGCCUACGCCGGCUCAGUCACCACUUCCUUCUCGCCGCUCGCCUCGUCGGCCUCGUACACGUCGCUCACCACCUUCGAGCAGGCCGAGCUCGAGGAGACCCUCUCCCACGCCUACGCCGAGCGCCACCACUACGCCGGCGCGGCGGCGAUGAACUAUGUGCGGCCGCCGCCGCUCUCGCCCACGUCGGGCGCGUCGCCGCAGCGUCGGCACUUCCAGCUGCCGGCGGUCCACUCGUACUCGCUGGCCCUGCCCACCAUCCGCGAGCUCGACAGCGAUGACGACAGCGGCGGCGGCGGCGCCAAGAGCGACGACGAGGGGCGGCUCGAGUCGACGCCGUUCAACUUGGCGAGCUCGCCCAGCGGUGGGGGCGGUAAGAAGGACCCCGCCAAGCGGCGGCUCCUGAUGGACGAUCACGAGCAGUGGGCGCGCACGCGGUCGGACAACGGCGACGAGGUGGUGAGCGCCAAGGUCGCCCUCGGCUGCAGCGACGUGGUCGACCUCAGCAGCAGCGCCGGCGGCAAGGGCAACAAGACCAAGCAGGGCGGCGGGAAGACAAAGGGCAAGGCCGGUCGACGAAAAGGCCACGGCGGCGGCGAGGGCGGAUUCGCCGCCGCGUCGGCGCUCAUCCAGACGCUGCCGCACAACCGGGAGCUGGAGGACAUCAAGGCCCAGGUCGAGAUCGAUCGGGUCUCCUCCGACGAAAUCAAGGGCAUGCAGAAAACGAAAGCGAAGACGAAGAGCGAAAAGAACGAGGAUGAUAGUGAGGGGGAUGAAGAGGGAGAGUCGUCGACGACGACGGCGUCGCUCCGGACGCACCCGAUGCGGACGUCGAAGAACCUCUCGUUCUCGGCCUCGUCGAUCCCGGCGUUCGUGGAGUCGACCUCGCCCGACCCCAACCCGCCGGCGCCCAUCAACCUCGCCCAGUUCAUCGACGGCCAGACCGGCGGCACAAAGAACGAAAGCGAAGGAAGCGGAAGAAUGAAGGUCGCGAUCCCCACACUUCCGAUCCGCGUGCGCGGCGCGACGCCGCUGUCGACGUCGGACCAGCCGAUGCAGCCCGGCUCGUCGUCGCCCACCCACUCGCCGCCGUCGUCGCCCAAGUUCGGCGGCGGCGGCUCGGCGUCGGGGGCCGACGACAACGACAACAACGCUGAUGGCGCGCCGCAGCUCAUUCUCUCGCUGCGACCGUCGGUGCCGCCGCUGUCGUCGCAUCUGCCGCAGCUGGCCGCGUCGAGCUUCGACUGGACCGACAUGAACAGCCUCAAGAAGCUCGUGUGCCUGUUCCCGGUCACGCAGCAGAAGUUCAUCUCCAACUUCCUCUUCACCCAGCACUUCACCAUGUUCACCGAGCGGCUCGCCAAGAUCUUCGGCGAGAAGCGCUCGCGCCAGAGCAACGUCAUCACCCCGCGCUCCGCCGCCAGGUUCCUCGAUCAGCUGAAGAAGAUGAUCGACCAGGAGGAGGGCCAGGCGACCAUGGCCCGCUCCCUGCUGCAGAUCUACACCAUGCUCGAGGAGCAGAAGGAGGUCGUGGGCGGCGGCGGCGCCUCCGACGAGACCACCGGCGACCACCAGCACCAGCACGCAGUGGGCUCGCCUCCGGUCGACCACCACUCCCUGGCCGUGCCGCAGUCGCAGUCGCAGCAGCCGAACCGCAAGUCGGUGCUCGGCAUCUCUCUGGCCUCGAGUUCGGACUUUGGGAUGGGCAAGGUCAAGGAGGCCAUCAAGCACAGCGGGUCCUCGAUCGGCGUGCGCGGCGAAGUGGCUGCGGCGCCGUCGGGGCAUUCCGGGCAUUCCUCUUCGCUCUCGGUGUCGCCGGCGGCGUCGGCGGCGUCGCCGGUGGGGGCGGUGAAGCGGCCGGGCCACCGGAGGCAGGGGUCGGUCGGCGGCCAGGAGAUCCUCAAGAUCAAGCCCGAGGAGGAGAUCGAGGGCGAGGUGGGCAAGGAGCAGAAGAACAUGGAGCAGAUCAUCAAGCUCUCCGACGAACGGCUACGCAUCCUCACCCGAUCAAAGGACACGCUGAAGGCGCUCUUCAAUUCGGACUCGCCCACGUCGACCCAACAGUCGUCACCGCUGACGUUUGUCGCUUCGGGCGGCGGUGAAGCGACGUCAUCAUCGCUGAGCAGCACGACGGUCUCGCCAUCGACGGUGAGCAUCCCUUCGCCCCGCUCCGCCAACGGCGCCAGCCUCAUCCCCGCAGCUCCUCCUUCAUCACCACCGCCAUCAUCAUCAUCGUCUCUGUCCACUUCAACGUCAACCACGUCGCGACCGUCGACCAAGGCCUUGCUGUCGCCUCGCCGUCAGCAGGAUGCACCGCAGAUCAACAUCGUCGUCACCGGCGACCGAGACAGCGUUGAGAGCGAAGACAGCCAGGAGGCGGACGACAGGCGGAAGGGCAACAAGAAGAUCCGCGGCAGGGCGGGAGCGCGGAGGGCCAGCCUCGGUGGCAACGACGACCAGCAGCAGCUCUCGCCGCGCUCGCGCGGACCCGAGGUGGAGACCGACGCCCAGCGACGACUGCGAUCGCCCAGCGAUUCGCCCUGA